AUGAUCGAUCAAUAUUCAUCAAUAACGACUAAACAAGUUUUAACGGAUCCACUUGUUAAUACAUUAGUUAGUUCCUGCAUGACACCACAACAAUAUACAUCUUCUUCAUCGGAUUCUCUAGCGAUGAAAGCACAUCAUGUCUUGGUACUAGAAGAUUUAAAAACAUUACCAAGAUUUACAGGUGAAGAAUCACAAUCGAUCAGUUCAUGGUUAGAAGAAAUCGAACUUGUAUAUGAUAAAGCGUUUAUUACAGAUAAUGAUAAAAGUUACCGUACAUUAAAAUUAUUGUCGAAUAUUGAUGAUAAAUGGUUGGAAUUUAUUCGUCGUCAAAAAUUAGAUUGGAACGACCUCAAACGGAAAUUAAUUAGCCGAUUCGAAAGAAAGAAGGAACCGUCACGUAUUGAAUUGGAAGAUGCUAUUCGAAAUCGAUGUUACCAUGAUAAUGAACCUAUGCAUCAUUAUUAUUCUGAUAUCAUGCGACAAUGUGAUUUAUUGGAGGAAGAAUAUCCAGUUUCAGAUCGUCAUCGUAUUGAUUAUAUAAUUCGAGGUCUACCCGAUAGUAUUCAGGAUCAAUUAUUAAUUAGAGAAUAUUCAACACCAAAAGAAUUAUUAGAAGUAUUGCAAAAAAUUGAAGAACGCCGAAAACGGACAAAUUUCGAACAACAUGUUACUAGUAUAGAUGAGAAUGCUCUAUUACCAAUAGCAAGGGCAACACCAAUGUUACAAACAACAUUUCUACCAACAAACAACUUUCAAUCAAAUACACCUUUCGUUCAACAAUCUAAAAGAUACGGUAAUAAUACAUUUCAUAAUAAUCAAUUACAACAGUAUCGUCCACCUUCACGCUCAUCAUCAAAUUAUAACCAACAACGUACUCGACAACAGCGACCGAUUCAAUGUCAGGAGUCACGUAGUGAUGGGCGUGCUCUCCAAAGCAAUAAAUUAAAACCACCACAACAUCUUCAAUCAUCAUUAAAAUCUAAAUCUAAUAAAUGUUUUACGGAUA